CCGGCUGCGUCUAACCGGGACCACCCCCAUGACUGCGCGCGCCCUGCCCAGGCCGUCCUGUGUGCGCCUGCCGCUGCGGAAGUCACAUGACUGAAGGCCGCGCACCGUAGACAGCGACUGUUUGUUGUGCGGACGGAGGUUGGCGUGGCGGCCCUGCCGGUGACCAGGAUGGGAUCAGAGGAAGCACCGCCCCCAUCUUCCAGGAUCACAAGCAAGAUCUUUUCCCUUGGCUUUGGCCAGAAGAUAGAGACAGUGUCCCCUUUCCAUGGCAUUUUACGUCCAUUUGUGGGGCAGCCUUGUCAGUCAUGUACCCCCAAAAGUAUGGAAAGCUUUUUCUACAAGAGGCACACAAGGCUUGGAUUCUGCAAUGUCAUCCGUAUAACAGAGGAGAAUACACGAUAUCGCGGCUGGUUAGUCAGAAGACUGUGUUGUGUCAUCUUUGUAUGGCAGCAAUCGGUUGACCAGGAUAUCCACUCUGAAUUGACAGAAAUGGUCUGCAAGCAUCCCAGUGUCCAGUCCACAUUUAAAGGUGAACAAGAGGAGCAUGACAUAGAAAAACAUGGAAAAUCAUUGAGCUGUGCAAAAACUCCAGGCAGUGGUCAGAAGGAGGUGCUGAGGAUUCUGCGACACAUCCAGCAGACUCUAUCUCCGUUUCUCAUAAGGCUUGUGCGCUGGAUACUUUUGAAGCUGCUGCAACGCUUGUAUCUGAACCUCCAGCUUCAUUGUGGACAGGUGGCUACACUCCUAGAAGUGUCUGUUGCGUGUCCCAAGACUCCUCUGGUUUAUCUGUCUACUCAUCCCUCCUGGCUUGAUGGCUUGUUGGUCCCUUUUGUUCUACACUCCCAAAAUCUCAAGGUGCCCCGUGUUGCCUGGGACAGGACAGACUGCCCCCGAUUUCUCAGAUAUACUUUGCAAAGAUUGGGUGCUGUCUUCCUGCCUCCAGAUGGACAAUCCAGUCAUCUCAGUAAAGCUGUUCUCUCUGCGUAUACUGAGACAUUCCUGGAAGAUGGGCACUCUUUGCUGGUUUUUCUGGAGGUUUUGUCCUCUCCAAGUUGCCACACCUUGUCCCCAGUUGCUUGUGAGUGGGUCUGGACAAUAAUUGAAGCUAUGCAGUCUGGAAAAGUGACAGAUAUUUUAAUAGUGCCAGUGGGGAUUUCCUAUGAUGGCCGUCCUGAAUUUUAUGGCACAAGAGGACAGGUGACUUCAGCUUUAGAAGUGUGCCGCUUUGUAGUGUCUGCACUAUGCCCAUGGACGAGAAGGCUGGGCUGUGCACGUGUUGAUUUUGCUCAGCCCUUUUCAUUAAAGGAAUACAUGAAUAACUACAUGUGGAAGCAUUUAGCCCCAGUCCCUUGUUUGCGGGAUGCUCUUCUCCCAUAUAUUCUGGGUGUGAGGAAAAAGAUGUAUGAUGAGACCGCAGUGGAAAGUGAUGCCAGCAGAACUGUCUUCCAGGAACAAGCAUUACUGCGUGGCUUCUUGAUGCAUUCACUCCGAGCUGCAUUGUCCUGCUCAUCAGUCAUGGCUUCUCACAUGAUUUCAGCUCUUCUCCUCCACAAACACAAAACUGGGGUUUCCCUAUCUAGACUGCUUUCUGAAUUGUCUUCAAUGACAGAAGAUAUCCUCCUUCGUGGAUUUGACUUGGGGUUUUCUGGUCAGCGCUGGGACCUGCUUCGCCACAGUCUCUACAUGUUGCACAGCUGCGUGACCAUCUUUUCAGUACCAUCCAUUGAUGUAUAUGUACUCUGUCGAGAAUCACAUGACAGCAUUAGAGAUCUGGCACAAAGGAGUGCCACCUUGCUCCCUGUCUUCCUUUAUGAGGCUGUAGGAGCCUGCACUUUGCAUGCCUUAAUGGUACAACUGCCCAGUUUUUGUGUGACGGAAAUUUUCCUAUCUGAAGAAGAACUGAUUGAAAUGAUGAUGGCUUUCUGUUCCCUGCUUAACAAAAAUAUCCUCCUCCAGCCACCAUGUCAGCCCCUGUAUAGUCUGUGCCAGGAUAUAAUGGACAAGCUAAUUCACUGUGGUCUCCUUUCCAUGUAUGAAGACCCCAAUGCAACUCCGGCUUGUGACACUGGGAGGCGUUCCUUUGCAGACAGCCUUAUGUGGAGAGCUAGUGAUGACCUUUCAGACAGUGACUGCGACUUCACAGAAGAAAAAGUAAAGAGACACUACAAGUUGGGCCGCUCAGACCAUCACGCUGAUUUCUUUGUGUUCCUGUGUCAUCUUUUGGGCCCAGUGUUGAGGACAUAUGAGGGGGCUGCGUUAUUCCUGCUGGAACAUGAAACAUGUGGAACCGAAACCGAAGCAGACUAUGUGGAUCAAUUGCACCAGUACCUGCUACUGAAAGCAGAGAAGGAUGGAUCUUAUGAAUGUACCGAACACUCCCUGGCUGCAUGUGCCAUUGAAACCUUCAAAGAUCUUGGGGUCUUUCAGUGUUCCCCGAGUUGUCACGGAUCAAUACUUCACCUCUCAGAACCCUUUACCUUGAAGGAAAACUGCAGCAGACUAGUAUCAUUUAUCCAGCAGUUUAUAUACAAAGGAUGACCUGUAUCAGCAACAGACAGUUGUACUUUAAAAUACUAAUUCUUUGCUUUUAUUUACAAAGUUGUAAAACAUAUUUAAGUUGAUUUUUGUCUUGUUUAAAAGUAUGUGUGCAAUUUGCUUAAUUAUUUGAUUUGAAUCUGAUUAGUGAAAUGUAAAGGUUAGCUUUAGUUUGUGGCCUUGCAGACACGUGUCGCAGUAGGAAGAUUCCUGUUCUGCUUAUAAAACGUGAAUCGUGGAUUAUUAUUAAACCUGAGUCUUCCGCACUA